GUACCGGCGCUUGCAUCCCGCGGGCACGCCGAGGAGAGCGCCGCAGCGCCGCCCGCCUCGUCCACUGCGACUCUCGGCCUCGCGACCACCACCACGACCACCACCACGACGACCACCACCGCCAUCACCACCACCAUGGGCGCGAGCAGGAUGCGACCCGCGAGCGACAAGCAGCUGGAGCGGCCGCCGCGCCGGCCCCCCAACGGAGGCUGGGGCUGGGUCGUGGUGCUGGGCGUCGCCGUGUCCUACAUGACCAACAUGGCGCUGUUCUCCGUGUUCGGCCUGCUGUUCGGCGGCCAGCUGGAGGCCUGGGGGUUGGAGACGACGGGCAUCGCCGUCAUCAGCAGCACCAUGAACACCAUUCAGAACUUCUCAGGCCUGCUGGUGGGGCCCAUGGUGAAGCGACUGGGCGGCAAGGCGGUGUCGCUGCUGGGCGGCGCGCUCAUCUCGUCCGGCAUGAUGCUGUCCUACUUCGCCACGGACCCCUGGCAGAUCUUCAUCACGUGGGGCUUCCUGGUUGGCCUAGGGCUGGGGCUGCUGGUGCCCUCCACCUUCCUCAACAUCAACUCGUACUUCACGACGCGCCGCAGCCAGGCCGUGGGCAUCGCGCUGGCCGGCACGGGUCUGGGCCAGAUCCUGAUGCCGCACCUAGUGCGCCUGCUGCUGGAGCAGUACGGCUUCCACAGCGCCGUCCUCAUCAUGGGCGCCAUCGCCCUGCACUCGCUGCCGGGCUGCCUGCUCUACCGCAAGCCGGUCCUCGUCAGGGACCCCGGCGACCCCGAGGAGCCCAACGAGACCCAGCCCCUCAACCCGGCGACCCCGGCGGCGUCAGCGCUGCCGGUCAAGGCCGAAACCAAGGCCGAGUCCAAGGUCGAGCACCUGCUGGACCCCACCAAGGCCUCCCCCGAGGAGGAGCGGCGCUGCGAGCGGCGCGGCGUCCUGGGCGCGAUGCACAAGCUGGCCGACAGCCUGGGCCUGGACCUGCUCGUCAACCUCCGCUUCAUGAACCUGGCCGUCGGCACUGGGCUGAUCUACACGACGCAGACCUCCUUCUCCAUGAUCUUCCCCUUCUUCCUGAUGGAGAGCGUGGGUCUGAGCGCGGCCGCCACCGCCACCUGCAUGUCGGCGCAGUCCGUGGGGGACUUGGCCUCGCGGCUGCUGCUGCCGUCGCUCAUGAGCGGGGCGCUGUGCGACAGCGCGUGUCGCAGGGGCCGCAAGGGCGGCCAGGGCGGCCACCACUCGGGGCUGGCGGCCCGGACCGUCAUGCUCGUCGGUGCGCUGGGCAGCGCGGGCAGCCGCUCCGUGAUGGCGACGAUGACGGGCUUCACCGAGCUGCUGGCGCUGUCCGCCGUCGUCGGCCUGUUCCGCGGCGCCACCGUGCUCAACCAGAACCUGGUGGUGGCCGAGCACGUCCCCGCCAGCAAGCUGCCCGCCGCCAUCGGCAUGGCCAUGGUCGUGAAGGGCGCCUGCGUGCUGGGCCUGGGCUCCGCUCUCGGCGUGGUCCGAGACAAGACGGGCAGCUUCCCCGUGUUCAUCCACGCCCUCACCUUGCUGGCCAUGUUCACGGGCCUCACCUGGAUGCUGGAGAGUCUCUUCUGCGCGCCCAAGAGGCCCGCCAACGCCGCCUCCCGCGCGCCUAGAUGACCCUCCCCGUGGACGCGAGGACCCCGAAGGCGGGCCUGUUCCGAGCAGCGGUCCCGUCGCUCUGCCUGCCUCGCUCUCGGGGCGCCCCGUGGGGGUGCGAGAGAGGCAGAGCCAGCAGAGCGACAAAGCCCCGCGCGGCAUUGCUCUGUUGGGUCGCUGUCGCUGGGAUGCGUGUUCGGCGUCGAAUCGAUAGAUUUUGUGGCCAGAAAAGGUGACAACAGGAGAGGCUCAACGGCGUGUGUUGGUAGAAGCAGCGCGCACGGGCUUCUUCUCGCUCUCUCUCUAUCUGAUGCUCGGCGGUCACUUGGCGGACCUAUCCCAAAUCGUGUACACGUCCGUGCUGUGGCGAGGCGACCCGUCUUGUUAGCUGCGCUGCUGCGCUAAAACCUCAUCGUCGCACUCGGACUAGGUGUGACGCACUGGCUCGCGAGGCCCAGUAACUUGUGAUAAUUUAUUUGUACAUAAUAAUAUAAUAAUAAACGUAGUGUUAAAUUGUUAUCGGA